AUGCUUAUUCGUCGUUGGAUUUCUCGUGUUCAACCCUCAUUGAGUCGCAACAUUCGCUCUAUUCACUCUUUUUCUACGGCUAUACCUUUGUCUUGGAAGACAUGUCACUCUCAACUGAACAAAACAUUUGCCACGGGUUUGGCGUAUAAUUCGUUUUCCACCAGCACUCAUGCCAGAUCUUCUCCAGUUAGUGCGUUCUACGUUCCUUCCUUCAACUUGUUUGGUAAAGGUAGUCUUGUCGAAGCUGCGAACCAAAUCAAAUUGAGCGGUUACAAAAAGGUCCUUAUUGUAACUGACCCUGGCAUCAUUAAAAUUGGCCUCUGCGAUAGGGCCAAAGACCUUUUGGAAGAACGUGGAUCCACUGUUUAUAUUUACAAUGGCGUGCAACCCAAUCCAACAGUCACCAAUGUCAUGGAUGGCUUAAAGCUCAUCAAAGAAUUUGGCUGUGAUUCUAUUGUUUCCAUUGGUGGCGGUUCGGCUCAUGACUGCGCCAAGGGAAUUGCCUUGCUUGCUACGAACGGCGGUGAAAUCGCUGACUAUGAAGGCGUUGAUAAAUCACUAAAGCCUCAAUUGCCCUUGAUUUCCGUCAACACCACCGCUGGAACUGCUAGUGAAAUGACUCGCUUUGCUAUUAUCACCGAAGAAACUCGUCACAUAAAGAUGGCCAUCAUUGACAAGCACACUAUGCCUGUUCUUUCCGUCAACGAUCCUGAAACCAUGUAUGGACUUCCUCCUUCUUUGACCGCUGCCACUGGCAUGGAUGCUUUGACCCAUGCUGUCGAGGCCUAUGUUUCAACUGCUGCGAACCCCAUUACCGAUGCCUGUGCCCUCAAGUGUGUAGAACUCGUCGGUCAAUAUCUUAGACGCGCUGUUGUCAAUGGCAAAGAUCAAGAAGCUCGAGAAAAGAUGGCCUAUGCACAAUUCCUCGGUGGUAUGGCUUUCAAUAAUGCUUCUUUGGGUUACGUUCAUGCUAUGGCCCACCAACUUGGUGGAUUUUAUAAUAUUCCCCAUGGUAUAUGCAAUGCCAUUUUGCUUCCUCAUGUCCAGUUGUUUAAUACAAAGGAUGCUCGAGCAGCUUCUCGUUUGGGUGAUGUUGCUCUUCAACUUGGUUGCCAAGAUCACACAGCUCAGGCUGCUAUAGAAAAAAUUAAAGAUAUGAAUGAGCAAGUAGGCAUUAAGCCCUAUCUCAGAUUUUUGGGCAUCUUAGAAAAGGACUUUGAAGAGCUUUCUAAGAAUGCUGCCAAGGAUGCUUGUGGUGCUACUAAUCCUGUUCAACCUACUCUGGACGAAGUCAAGUCUAUCUUUGCUGCUGCCUACUAA